GCUAAGCGCGGGCCACUGCCCACUUUGCACGCGUCGGUCGGCGGGUCGCGACGGUCUGUCCAUUCCUCUCCGCAAAUCGUCCCGCUGAGCGAGUGAGCGCGCAGAGCACAAUGGCCCUCAAGUGGAGCAACAUCCUGGCGGUGACGUUGGCGGCCCUGCUGUUCGCGGGGGUCGCGUUCGCGGACGUGGUCGAGUUCCGCAGCUGCGACGAGAACGUGGACGAGACCUUCGGCGAGCCCAUCCAGAGGAACUGCACCAUCAACGCCGUGAGCGUCACUCCCUGCCCAGAGGCGGCCGAGGGCAAGCCCUGCAAGAUCAAGCGCGGGAACAGCGUCUCCCUGGCAGUGGACUUCACCCCGCUUUACGCCGACCAGGAGCUGACCGGCAGGGCUUACUGGGCCAACCAGCUGGUUGACCUGCCUCUCUUGGGCAUGGACACCAACGCUUGCAACUACACCUCCUGCCCCAUCAAGGCCAACCAGAAGCAGACCUACGACUACAAACUUGAAAUCUCCAACUUCUUCCCUGUGAGAGCUUAUGACGUCAAGUGGAAGCUGUGGAACGACAACACUGAGUGCUGCUUCCUCAUAGGCAUUAAGCUGCUUCGUUAGAAUUGAACUAAACAUUUCAAGAGAACCAUUCUAAAUUAUUCAACCCUUUUUUUACAACAUUGCACCCAUCCCCUACUAUUAAAAAAAGCCCUGCUGAAA